AUGUACAAGGGAAGGAACUCAUCAUCACCCUAUGAAAGGCCUUCCAUGAAAGAAAGAGAUUCAGGUAGUAAAUUUAUUGUUGCAAAAAACCCUUUUCGUCAUACAACAAGGUCUUCAGUUUCACCACCGCCUCCACCACCAGCGACUCAUUCCUCAACGGGAAGUGGUGGUACGUCGACUUCAAGUAGUGAUAGAAAUGCAAGCAAUAAUAAUGGACGAAAACCUUCACCCCCUCAACCUCCGCCUCCUCCACCUUCCUCAUCAUCAUCUUCGAGCACAUCAUCGUCUUCUAAGCCUCCUCCUCCACCUCCUCUUUCAUCCUCAAACACAUCUUCACCAAAGCCAAACCGUCCACCACCACCUCCAAUCGAUACGAACAAUUCUUCUUCGAAAGCAACCGUCUUAGCAACUAAGAUUACAGAACGUCCGCCUCCACCUCCACCAUCUUCGAAUUCCUCCUCUCCACAACAGAAUAAAGAGCGAGUAGGAAGUGAUUCGUCUGGUCACAAAGAUCGUUAUGAGAGCAGUCGACGAGAGGAUAGUAGCGAUUACCACAGACACAGAAGUAGCAGCCCACCCAAACGACAAAGCUCUUCCAGUAGGAGCCAUGAUAAUGACAGUCCAAUAAGAAGCCCUCAAAAACGAAGUACAAGUCCAAAUCGCUUUAACAAAUACAGCAAUAACAAUGGUUCUCAUUAUAGAGAUAAACAUUACCAUUCUGACCAUAGUCGAAGCAGGAGUCCAAGUAGAAAUUAUUACAAUAGUCACACUUCUGAGAAGAACAAGGAAUCCUCAACAAAUAAGACCACCUUAUUGCCUAUUUCACCUAAAGAAGAACGUAAGAUGCCUGAUAUUCAAGAGAAUCAAAAAGGAUCUCCAUCUAUUGCAUCAGUACCUCAACCUCCACCUCCACCACCGUCUUCUUCGAAUGGAGAACAAGUUCCACCUCCACCACCACCAUUAACAAAAACUUCCCCAGAACGGACUACCAAUUUACAAAAGAUCCAAAUUCCUCCACCUCCAAUCGAAUCUCCUCAUAAAAAGGAAUAUGGAAGAAUUUCUACAAAGGUUACACCUCCACCACCACCACCAUUAACCUCAGCAGCGGAUGUCAAUCAAAAAUCAAACUUUAAUAACAAACAAGAAAAAACUACUGACCGCAAGAAACCACAACACGAGGAAGAUCAAGUAUCUAGUAUCAAUAUCAAACAAUCUAGUGAAAAACCUGCAGAAAGGCCAAAAGAAGGAGAAAAAAGAAAGUUGGAUCUGAUAGAAGUUGAUAAUGUUAGCCCAAAGAUUCCAAAAAUAGUCGAUAACAGAAGUACAACUAAUAUUGAAGUUGCAGUACCCGCAGAAAAAAAAGAACUGAGUGACAAAUCUGCAUCGCCUGAACAAUCUAUCAUUACUUCGAUCACAAUGAAUAUUUCGGAGAAGCUUAAACCAGCAUCUACGACAGAAGCAAGACCCCAGCCGCAUAGCAGAGUACUUCGGAUAAGUAUUGAAAAUAGAAAUCCGAUUGUUAACAAUGAGCUAGAAGGAUAUGGUAUUUUCAAAUUCUUUCCAAAUGCCACGAGAGCGAAGAAAGAAGGCGUAAGAGAUUAUUUGAUAGAAUUUUCAAGUAUAGAAGAUGUAAUACCGUUCUUAGAGAGAGAAAGUAUAGCUUCCAUAGACGAAGAAUACAUUACUCUUAAAAUUCCGAAAAGUUCAAUUCCUCAUCAGUACAAACAUAAUGAUAAUUUAUUAAUCUCAGAUAUUAUUGAGUUUUUAAAAGGUAAAUCAGAUCGUGGAUAUGGAGAUGUUGCACACACUUAUUGGGAGAAUUUAGUUGAAACAUUGAAGAUUCCCGAUGCGAGCUCUUCCGUUGAUUUUUUGAAAUUCCGUGAGCGUAGAGUUUUGAAAAAAAUUGAAGGAUUUGAUUUUGGAAUAUUAGUGAACAGUACUUCUAAAGUAGAAGGAGGAGUUGAAAAAAUGAAUUCAUCUACAAAAGAAUCAUGUUUUAUAUAUGCAUUCGUUAUGGAUAAACCAGAAUUACACAGCUGCGUUCUUACUGUGGAUGAAUUGAGAAAAUGUUUUCCGACGGCGAAAAAUAUUUCAAUUGUUGAUCCGGAAAAGAUUUUAUUGGAGUUUAAUAGUGUUGAUGACAUGAAGGUGUACAAGAAAAUUAGUAAUCACAACAUAUAUAGAGUAAGAAAUAGGGAGUUCUUUUUAAAGAAGGCUUCUCAGAUAAAACAACAGAUGGUUGUGUCACGAAACGAUGAUACAUCGUCUGUGGUCAUGAAUGGAGAAGUUGAAAUUGUAUGCCCUAUCACCCCAACAACACUCGAUUCUGCUCCAAGCAUAGCAUCAUCUUCAACAGAAACACCAAAAAGUAGCAAGGCACAAGAAAUAUUGAGCUUAUUGAGGAGACAACUACAAGAAAAAACUCCAAAACCACCCUCAGAAUCAGAAGGGCAACGUGUUGAAUCGCUUCGAAACAUAUUAAGACAACAAAUGUCGGGAAAAUCAUCAACUAGCCCUACAAGUAACACAAGUGAUACCAAUAAUUCAUUUAUUCAUUUAGAAGAAAACUAUUCAGACAAUAUGGAAGAUAUUCAUGAGGAAAACGAUGUUAUGGAAGUGACUGUUGAAGAGGAAAAUAAUGAACCUCCCAAACCAGAAAUUCAAAAUCUACGGUCAAUGCUCAGACAACAAAUGACGGAACAAAAGAAUGAUACUCUUCGAACACCACAAAAACCAAGAAAGAAAACAUUUUCAUAUCACUACUCACUCUUUCAUAAAUCAUUUACCAAAUAA